UGUGAAGCAUGAUCAUCUGUGAACGGGGAAAAAAAAAGCUCCAUGCGGUUCUGAUGUGAUUUUGGCUUAUCAAGCUGCAUCAUAGGCAAUAUCCUUUUCCAACUUUCUUAAAUUUAUGGGCUCCUCGUUUAACUUAUAGGUGCAAGACAGAAACCCAUUAUAGGAUAUCAUUUCUUUUGAAGUUUGGACAUCAAAUUUAUCUUCAUUUGGCCUUCACAGUUUUCCUGUCAUCUCUUCUGGAAAUCUUAAUACAUCUUGGAGGCCGGCCGGCACAGCAAAUGAUCAUUUCUAGCAUUUGACAACAGGGUUUUUGGCUUGUGUCUUUACUUUGUUUAUUACUGAGAAAUUUCACAUUCUGCAGUUACAGAGCUAGCCUGCCUGCUGCCAUGGUUAAAGCUUUCAGCUGCAACUCUCUCAAGUCCCUGAAAAAUACCUGGCAAAAUACUCCGCCCAGCUGGGGCAAUGGAGAUCCUUGUGGAACACCAUGGGAAGGAGUUACAUGCAAGAAUUCAAGGGUCACUGCAUUGGCCCUCCACAAAAACAAUUUGACUGGUAAAAUUCCUUCUUCUUUGGCAAAACUCUCCAAUCUCUACUGGCCUAGACCUGGCAGAUAAUCACUUGACAGG